AUUAGAAUUCUUAUGCCUCAAAAUUAUUAAUGAGUUAACUUGAUCGAUAUCGACGGCGGAAUUUUGAAUUCGUUGUGCACUGAAGAAAAUAAAGUAGAUCUUUUAACUGAUUAAUGUCAUAAUGAUGCAUUCAAAUUAUUGAUUUCUCUAAUAAAUGAGUUAAGAAGGGUUAUCAUGACACAGGAAAUGCAAAGUCGCGACAGUACUGUUAUUGAAGUAAUCAGUGAUGAAAAGUAUGAAGUUUCUGAUCAAAUAAAUUUAAAUGUUUAUGAAAAUGAUAAAAACACAUAUCGUGCUGUAAGUUCAAGUUUAGUCAGAGAUGAAAAUAUUGCCGUUAAAGAACAUUCUUUACUUGGUGACAAAUUUGACUGCCCCUUGUGUGAUAAACGUUUUAAUGACCACAGUAAAUACAUAAGACACAUAAACCGAAAACAUACAGGACAUAGUUUUGAUAAAAAAGUGGAAUGUCCAAUAUGCCAAAGACUCUUGUGUGACUAUAGUAAAUUUAGCAGGCAUUUAGCAAUACAUACUGGUACGAAAGAAUUCAAGUGUGAAAGUUGUCACAAAAGAUUUAGCAGAAAAGAUCAUCUUAGAAAACAUAUGACUGUCCAUGCACCAAGCAGUGAAAGAAGACAUAAAUGUCCACAUUGUAACAAAGGCUUUGUUGAGAACAACAUUUUACAGCGUCACAUUAAUUCUCACACAGGGAACAAACCAUACAAAUGUGGAAUUUGUAAGAAAGGUUUUUAUGCUGAUAGUACAUUAAAGCAACAUUUAACAAUUCAUUCAGAUCAAAGGCCAUUUUUAUGCCCUGAAUGUGGAAAGUCAUUUCGUAGAAAUGGAACAUUAAAACAUCAUAUGACGACUCACAAACAUGAAAAACCAUAUGAAUGUCAAGUCUGCCAGACAAGAUUUACCUUAAAGCAUACCCUAGUUUGCCACGCUCGUAUUCACACUGGAGAAAUGCCUUAUCAAUGCUCUAAGUGUGAAAGGGAAUUCAUGAGGUUAGAUGUCUAUAAGUACCAUAUAAACAGAAAAACUGAUUGCACACUUGAUUUUAAAAAGGAACACACAACAAGGAAAAAGAAUUUGAAAAAAGAAAAAUCUUAAAAGUGUAAAUGUGGAAUGUCAAAGUGCUAAUAUAACAGUUACAUUGCAAUAAAAUUGAUAUUAUCAAUUUUAUAUUUUAAUCACAAAGUCAAUGUAAAAUUUCAAUUUAGUUUCACUGUGACAUUUUCUGUUAUGAUUUUAUCUAAACUAUUUUCAACCACUUUAAUAUUUAUCAAAGUAGAUUUAGAUACUAAGUAUGUAACUUACAUGAGAUUAGGCAUGUGAGAAAAAUGUUAAAUUUUAACUGCAAGGUAUUGAGUUUAGGACUGAAAGACUCAUUAUGUCUUG